GGAGGCUGGGGCACCGCCGACGCCUCGGGAACCAUGGCCGAAGGGGGAGAAGGAGGCGAGGACGAGAUCCAGUUCCUGCGGACUGAGGAUGAAGUGGUCCUCCAGUGCAUCGCGAAUAUUCACAAGGAGCAACGCAAGUUCUGCCUGGCAGCUGAGGGACUGGGGAAUCGCCUGUGCUUCUUGGAACCAACCUCAGAAGCCAAGUCUGUUCCUCCAGAUCUCUGUGUCUGCAAUUUUGUGCUGGAACAGUCCCUCUCUGUCAGAGCCCUGCAGGAAAUGCUUGCCAACACAGGUGAAAAUGGCGGCGAAGGGCUCAGUGACCUCUCCGAAUGGUUUCAAAGGAAGGCAGCACAAGGGGGUGGCCACAGGACCCUGCUCUACGGCCAUGCGAUUCUCCUGCGGCACUCUUUCAGUGGAAUGUAUCUAACAUGUUUGACUACAUCAAGAUCCCAGACAGAUAAACUUGCCUUUGAUGUAGGUCUACGGGAACAUGCCACAGGAGAAGCCUGUUGGUGGACCAUACAUCCUGCUUCCAAACAGAGGUCCGAGGGAGAGAAAGUUCGAAUUGGCGAUGACCUCAUUCUCGUCAGCGUGUCCUCUGAAAGAUACCUCCAUCUUUCAAUAUCAGAUGGUAACAUACAAGUGGAUGCCUCCUUUAUGCAGACACUCUGGAAUGUACAUCCUACGUGCUCAGGAAGUAGCAUCGAAGAAGGAUAUCUACUUGGUGGGCAUGUAGUACGUCUUUUCCACGGCCAUGAUGAGUGUUUGACGAUACCAUCCACAGACCAGAAUGACCCCCAGCACAGGAGGAUAUUCUAUGAAGCCGGGGGAGCUGGGGCUCGAGCCAGGUCUCUGUGGAGAGUGGAACCCCUUCGGAUAAGUUGGAGUGGCAGUAACAUCAGAUGGGGCCAGGCUUUCCGACUCCGGCAUCUCACCACGGGCCACUACUUGGCCUUGACAGAGGACCAAGACCUCAUCCUACAAGACCGAGGAAAGUCAGACACCAGCUCCACAGCCUUCUGUUUCCGGGCUUCAAAGGAAAUCAAGGAGAAAUUGGAUUCAAGUCACAAGCGAGAUAUAGAAGGCAUGGGGGUUCCAGAAAUCAAGUAUGGAGAUUCCAUCUGCUUUGUCCAGCAUAUAGCCAGUGGCUUGUGGGUGACCUACAAAGCACAAGAUGCCAAAACAUCACGCCUUGGACCUCUGAAAAGAAAGGUCAUCCUCCACCAGGAAGGCCACAUGGACGAUGGACUAACGCUGCAGAGAUGCCAGCGCGAGGAGUCCCAGGCUGCUCGCAUCAUCCGGAACACAACGGCCUUAUUCAGCCAGUUUGUCAGCGGAAACAAUCGCACAGCUGCCCCUGUCACCCUGCCAAUAGAAGAGGUCCUCCAAACGCUACAGGACUUGAUUGCCUACUUCCAGCCUCCAGAAGAGGAGAUGCAGCAUGAAGACAAACAGAACAAGCUCCGCUCUCUCAAAAACAGGCAGAAUCUUUUCAAGGAAGAGGGAAUGUUGGCCCUUGUGUUAAAUUGCAUUGAUCGCUUAAACAUCUACAAUAGCGUAGCACACUUUGCAGGGAUCGCAAGGGAAGAGAGUGGUAUGGCCUGGAAAGAAAUCCUGAAUCUCCUGUACAAAUUACUGGCUGCUCUAAUUCGUGGGAAUAGAAACAACUGUGCUCAAUUCUCGAAUAACCUUGAUUGGCUAAUCAGCAAAUUGGAUAGAUUAGAGUCUUCCUCAGGUAUUUUGGAAGUUUUGCACUGCAUCUUGACUGAAAGCCCAGAAGCCUUAAAUCUGAUAGCAGAGGGCCACAUCAAGUCCAUCAUUUCACUGUUGGAUAAGCAUGGGCGGAAUCACAAGGUUCUGGAUGUGCUGUGCUCCCUCUGUCUCUGCAAUGGGGUCGCAGUGAGAGCCAACCAAAACCUGAUUUGUGACAACUUGCUGCCCCGGAGAAACCUGCUCCUGCAGACACGGCUGAUUAAUGAUGUGACGAGUAUCCGGCCAAACAUCUUCCUGGGAGUUGCUGAGGGCUCAGCCCAGUACAAGAAGUGGUACUUCGAGCUAAUUAUUGACCAGGUGGACCACUUCCUGACAGCAGAGCCCACGCACCUCCGAGUGGGCUGGGCUUCUUCCUCAGGCUAUGCCCCAUACCCUGGAGGUGGAGAAGGAUGGGGAGGCAAUGGCGUUGGCGAUGACCUAUACUCCUAUGGCUUUGAUGGACUUCACCUUUGGUCAGGCCGGAUACCCAGAGCCGUGGCCUCCAUCAACCAGCACCUCCUGAAGUCCGAUGAUGUGGUCAGCUGUUGCCUGGACCUCGGAGUGCCCAGCAUCUCCUUCCGCAUCAAUGGGCAGCCUGUGCAGGGGAUGUUUGAGAACUUCAACACGGAUGGGCUCUUCUUCCCUGUGGUGAGCUUUUCAGCAGGUGUCAAAGUUCGUUUCCUGAUGGGUGGACGUCAUGGAGAAUUUAAGUUCCUGCCUCCCUCCGGCUAUGCCCCUUGCUUUGAAGCCUUACUUCCAAAAGAGAAGAUGAGACUGGAGCCUGUCAAAGAGUAUAAACGCGAUGCUGCAGGAGUUAGAGAUCUGUUGGGUACCACCCAGUUCAUUUCUCAAGCCUCUUUCAUCCCGUGCCCCAUAGACACCAGUCAGGUUGUUUUGCCCCCUCACCUAGAGAAGAUCCGAGACAGACUGGCUGAAAACAUACAUGAGCUUUGGGGAAUGAAUAAAAUAGAGCUUGGUUGGACUUUUGGCAAGAUACGGGAUGACAAUAAAAGACAACACCCCUGUCUUGUGGAGUUUUCAAAGCUCCCUGAAACCGAGAAGAAUUACAACCUGCAAAUGUCAACUGAAACCUUAAAAACCCUCUUGGCCUUGGGGUGCCACGUGGCUCACGUUAAUCCCGCUGCUGAGGAGGAUCUCAAGAAGGUCAAACUGCCCAAAAACUACAUAAUGUCCAAUGGCUAUAAGCCAGCCCCUCUGGAUUUGUCUGAUGUGAAACUGUUACCUCCUCAAGAAAUUUUAGUGGAUAAGCUUGCAGAGAAUGCACAUAAUGUUUGGGCAAAGGACAGAAUAAAACAAGGAUGGACCUAUGGCAUUCAACAGGAUUUGAAGAACAAAAGAAAUCCCCGUCUGGUGCCAUAUGUGUUACUGGACGAGCGCACCAAGAAGUCAAACAGGGACAGUCUUCGUGAAGCCGUUCGAACGUUUGUUGGUUAUGGGUAUAACAUUGAGCCAUCAGACCAAGAACUGGCUGACCCAGCUGUGGAGAAAGUCAGUGUAGACAAGAUCCGAUUUUUCCGGGUAGAACGGUCUUAUGCAGUGAGCUCUGGAAAGUGGUACUUUGAGUUUGAGGUGGUGACCGGAGGAGACAUGCGGGUCGGCUGGGCCAGGCCAGGCUGCCGGCCGGAUGUAGAGCUGGGCGCCGAUGACCAAGCCUUCGUGUUUGAAGGCAGCAGGGGCCAGCGCUGGCAUCAAGGGAGUGGGUAUUUUGGACGUACUUGGCAGCCAGGAGAUGUGGUUGGUUGUAUGAUUAACCUGGAUGAUGCUUCGAUGAUCUUCACACUGAAUGGGGAGUUGCUGAUCACCAACAAAGGUUCUGAACUCGCCUUCGCUGACUACGAGAUUGAGAAUGGCUUCGUGCCCAUCUGCUCUCUGGGGCUGUCCCAGAUGGGCCGUAUGAAUCUUGGAAUGGAUGCCAGUACCUUCAAGUAUUAUACCAUGUGUGGCCUCCAAGAGGGCUUUGAACCUUUUGCCGUCAACAUGAACCGAGAUGUUGCGAUGUGGUUCAGCAAGCGCCUCCCAACGUUUGUCAACGUGCCAAAGGAUCAUCCACACAUAGAGGUUGUGAGGAUUGAUGGCACCAUGGACAGCCCUCCAUGCCUCAAGGUGACCCACAAGACGUUUGGCACACAGAACAGCAAUGCCAGCAUGAUCUACUGCCGCCUGAGCAUGCCUGUUGAGUGCCACUCUUCCUUCAGCCACAGCCCCUGUCUGGACAGUGAUGCUUUCCAGAAAAGGAAACAGAUGCAAGAAAUCCUCUCUCAUUCGACAACACAGUGCUACUUCGCCGUCCGCAUCUUUGCUGGCCAGGACCCCUCCUGCGUCUGGGUUGGGUGGGUAACGCCGGACUAUCAUUUGUACAGUGAGAAGUUUGACCUUAAUAAAAACUGUACGGUGACUGUGACCCUGGGGGAUGAAAGAGGCCGCGUCCACGAAAGUGUGAAACGCAGCAACUGCUACAUGGUCUGGGGUGGGGACAUUGUGGCCAAUUCCCAAAGAUCAGGUCGAAGUAAUGUGGACCUGGAGAUCGGCUGCCUUGUGGACCUGGCGAUGGGCAUGUUGUCCUUCUCGGCCAAUGGGAAAGAGCUCGGCACCUGCUACCAGGUGGAGCCCAAUACCAAAGUGUUUCCAGCAGUCUUUCUGCAGCCCACAAGCACUUCUUUGUUUCAGUUUGAACUUGGGAAGCUGAAGAAUGCCAUGCCCCUGUCUGCGGCCAUAUUUAAGAGUGAAGAGAAGAACCCAGUCCCACAGUGUCCACCUCGGCUGGACGUCCAGACCAUCCAGCCCGUGCUCUGGAGCCGCAUGCCCAGCAGCUUCCUGAAGGUGGAGACAGAGCGGGUGAGCGAGCGCCAUGGCUGGGUGGUGCAGUGCCUGGAGCCGCUGCAGAUGAUGGCUCUCCAUAUCCCUGAGGAGAACAGGUGUGUGGAUAUCUUGGAGCUCUGCGAGCAGAAGGACUUGAUGCGGUUCCAUUACCACACACUGAGACUCUACAGCGCCGUGUGUGCCCUGGGAAACAACCGAGUAGCCUAUGCCCUGUGCAGCCACGUGGACCUCUCCCAGCUCUUCUACACCAUUGACAACAAGUACCUCCCCGGCCUCCUUCGAGCUGGCUUCUAUGACCUGCUCAUCAGCAUCCACCUGGCCCAAGCUAAGGAGAGGAAGCUGAUGAUGAAGAAUGAAUACAUCAUCCCCAUUACCAGCACCACCAGGAAAAUACGCCUGUACCCAGAUGAGUCCAAGAGGCAUGGGCUGCCUGGGGUGGGCCUAAGAACGUGCCUCAAGCCAGGGUUCCGGUUCUCCACCCCUUGCUUUGUGGUGACCAGUGAGGAGCACCAGAAGCAGAGCCCCGAGAUUCCCUUGGACUUUCUGAAGACAAAGGCAUUGAGCAUGCUGACUGAGGCAGUGCAGUGCAGCGGGGCUCACAUCCGUGACCCUGUUGGGGGAUCUGUGGAGUUCCAGUUUGUGCCCGUGCUGAAACUCAUUGGAACCCUGCUGGUCAUGGGGGUGUUUGAUGACGAUGACAUUCGGCAGAUCCUCCUCCUGGUUGAUCCCUCUGUGUUUGGGGAGCACAGUGCAGAGACAGAGGAGGUAGCAGAAAAGGAGGAAGUGACCCAGGUGGAGGAAAAGGCAGUGGAGGCUGGGGAAAAGGCCAGCAAGGAGGCACAGGCUCCAGUCAAAGGCUUAUUGCAGACCCGAUUGCCUGAGUCCGUCAAAGUACAGAUGUGUGAGCUCCUCACCUACCUCUGCGACUGUGAGCUGCAGCACCGAGUAGAGGCCAUUGUGGCAUUUGGUGACAUUUAUGUCUCCAAGCUGCAGGCAAACCAGAAAUUCCGCUACAACGAGCUCAUGCAGGCCCUGAACAUGUCUGCAGCCCUGACUGCCCGGAAGACCAGGGAGUUCCGCUCGCCCCCACAGGAGCAGAUCAAUAUGCUUCUCAACUUUCAACUGGGGGAGAACUGCCCCUGCCCUGAGGAGGUCCGGGAGGAGCUCUACGACUUCCACGAGGACCUUCUCCUCCACUGUGGAGUUCCCCUAGAAGAAGAGGAGGAGGAGGAGCAGGAUACCACCUGGACCAGAAAGCUCCGGGCCUUGGUGUGUAAAGUCAAAGGCCCACCCAAGCCAGAGAAGGAGCAGCCAACCGAGGAGGAGGAGAGAUGUCCUACAACACUGAAGGAGCUCAUCUCACAGACGAUGAUCCGCUGGGCCCAGGAGGACCAGAUUCAGGACCCAGAGCUGGUCCGGAUGAUGUUCAACCUCCUCCGGAGACAGUACGAUAGCAUUGGGGAGCUGCUACAGGCCCUGCGGAAAACAUAUACCAUCAGCCAGGUCUCUGUGAGUGACACCAUCAACUUGCUGGCUGCCCUUGGCCAGAUUCGCUCCCUCCUCAGUGUCAGGAUGGGCAAGGAGGAGGAGUUGCUCAUGAUCAACGGACUGGGAGACAUAAUGAACAACAAGGUGUUUUACCAGCAUCCCAACCUCAUGAGGGUCCUUGGCAUGCAUGAGACGGUGAUGGAGGUGAUGGUGAACGUGUUGGGUGCAGAGAAAUUGCAGAUUGCUUUUCCAAAGAUGGUUGCUAGCUGUUGCCGCUUCCUUUGCUAUUUCUGUCGAAUUAGCCGGCAAAAUCAGAAGGCCAUGUUUGAGCAUCUAAGCUACCUACUGGAGAAUAGCAGUGUUGGUCUAGCCUCCCCAUCAAUGAGGGGAUCCACCCCAUUGGAUGUGGCAGCUUCCUCCGUCAUGGACAACAAUGAGCUAGCCCUGGGCUUGGAGGAGCCAGACCUCGAGAAGGUGGUGACCUACUUGGCAGGCUGUGGCCUACAGAGCUGCCCCAUGCUUCUGGCCAAAGGAUACCCUGAUGUGGGCUGGAACCCCAUUGAAGGGGAGCGCUACCUGUCCUUCCUGCGGUUUGCCGUCUUCGUGAACAGUGAAAGUGUAGAAGAAAAUGCCAGUGUUGUUGUCAAGCUGCUAAUCAGACGCCCAGAGUGCUUCGGCCCGGCCCUACGGGGUGAAGGAGGGAACGGUCUAUUGGCAGCCAUGCAAGGUGCCAUUAAGAUCUCGGAGAACCCAGCCCUUGACCUCCCUUCUCAGGGAUACAAGAGAGAAGCCAGCACAGAGGCUGAUGAAGAGGAAGAAGAGAUCGUGCACAUGGGCAAUGCAAUUAUGUCAUUUUAUUCAGCUCUGAUAGAUCUGCUGGGCCGCUGUGCUCCUGAAAUGCAUCUUAUCCAGACAGGAAAAGGGGAAGCCAUCCGAAUCAGGUCGAUCCUACGCUCCCUCGUCCCCACCGAAGACUUGGUUGGGAUCAUCAGCAUCCCCUUGAAGUUGCCCUCUCUGAACAAAGAUGGGUCAGUCAGCGAGCCAGACAUGGCGGCCAGCUUCUGCCCUGACCACAAGGCACCCAUGGUGCUGUUCUUGGACCGUGUCUAUGGCAUUAAGGACCAAACUUUUCUUCUCCACUUGCUGGAGGUUGGAUUUUUACCUGAUUUAAGAGCCUCUGCCUCUCUAGACACAGUAUCGCUAAGCAUCACAGAGGCUGCACUGGCACUGAACAGAUACAUAUGUUCCGCUGUGCUCCCGCUCCUCACGAGAUGUGCCCCUCUUUUUGCCGGAACAGAGCACUAUACCUCUUUGAUCGAUUCUACACUACAGACAAUAUACAGGCUCUCCAAGGGACGUUCCCUCACCAAAGCACAGAGGGACACCAUAGAAGAAUGUUUGCUUUCCAUUUGCAAUCACUUGAGGCCUUCCAUGUUACAGCAACUCCUGCGACGUCUUGUUUUUGAUGUGCCACUCCUGAAUGAAUACUGCAAAAUGCCUCUUAAGCUUCUGACGAAUCACUAUGAACAAUGCUGGAAGUAUUACUGUCUGCCUUCAGGACAGGGGAGCUAUGGUCUAGCCGUGGAGGAAGAACUGCACCUAACAGAGAAGCUCUUCUGGGGCAUUUUUGACUCCCUCUCCCAUAAGAAAUUUGACCCAGAUCUUUUCCGAAUGGCCCUGCCUUGUCUCAGUGCUAUAGCUGGGGCCUUGCCACCAGAUUAUUUAGAUACCAGAAUCACAGCCACCUUGGAGAAACAGGUCUCAGUGGAUGCAGAUGGGAACUUUGACCCCAAACCUAUUAACACCGUGAAUUUUUCCUUGCCUGAAAAAUUAGAAUAUGUCGUCACCAAGUAUGCUGAGCAUUCGCAUGAUAGAUGGGCGUGUGACAAGAGUCACAAUGGAUGGAAAUAUGGGAUUUCCCUGGAUGAAAAUGUGAAGACCCACCCAUUGAUAAGGCCUUUCAAGACAUUAACAGAGAAGGAGAAGGAAAUUUAUCGCUGGCCUGCCAGAGAGUCCCUGAAAACCAUGCUGGCUGUGGGCUGGACUGUGGAGAGGACCAAAGAAGGAGAAGCCUUGGUCCAGCAGCGGGAAAAUGAGAAGCUUCGAAGCAUGCCCCAGGCCAGCCAGGGCAACAGCUACAGCCCCACUCCGCUCGACCUCUCAAAUGUUGUGCUCUCCAGAGAGCUCCAGGGAAUGGUGGAGGUCGUGGCUGAGAACUAUCACAAUAUCUGGGCCAAGAAGAAGAAGCUGGAGCUGGAAAGCAAAGGCGGCGGCAGUCAUCCUCUCUUGGUACCAUAUGACACCCUGACAGCCAAGGAAAAGUUCAGGGACCGAGAGAAGGCACAGGACCUGUUUAAAUUCCUCCAAGUGAAUGGCAUUAUAGUUUCUAGGGGAAUAAAGGAUAUGGAGCUGGAUUCCUCCUCCAUGGAGAAGAGGUUUGCCUAUAAAUUUUUGAAGAAGAUCCUGAAAUAUGUUGAUUCUGCUCAAGAGUUCAUUGUCCAUUUAGAAGCCAUUGUCAGCAGUGGAAAAACUGAGAAGUCUCCCCAUGAUCAGCAAAUCAAAUUCUUUGCCAAAGUUCUCCUCCCGUUGGUUGAUCAGUACUUCAGCAAUCACCGCCUCUACUUCCUGUCAUCCCCUCUGAAGCCCCUGAACAGCAGUGGGUAUGCCUCCCAUAAGGAGAAGGAGAUGGUGGCCAGCCUGUUCUGUAAACUUGCUGCUCUUGUUAGACACAGGAUUUCCCUCUUUGGGAGUGAUUCUACUACAAUGGUGAGCUGUCUCCACAUCUUAGCUCAGACACUUGACACAAGGACCGUCAUGAAAUCAGGCUCAGAGCUGGUGAAGGCUGGGUUACGCGCAUUCUUUGAAAAUGCCGCAGAAGACUUAGAGAAGACUUCAGAAAACUUGAAGCUUGGAAAGUUUACCCAUUCCAGAACACAGAUUAAGGGAGUUUCUCAGAAUAUUAACUAUACCACAGUGGCUCUGCUACCCAUACUGACGUCCAUCUUUGAGCAUGUUGCUCAGCAUCAGUUCGGAAUGGAUUUGCUAUUGAGUGACGUGCAAAUUUCAUGCUACCAUAUACUGUACAGCCUCUACUCCCUUGGGACAGGAAAGAACAUCUAUGUUGAAAGGCAACGACCUGCCCUUGGAGAAUGUCUGGCCUCGCUGGCAGCAGCCAUACCAGUGGCAUUCCUGGAGCCCACCCUUAACUGCUAUAAUCCACUCUCUGUCUUCAACACCAAAACCCCCAGGGAGAGGUCUAUUCUGGGAAUGCCGGACACAGUGGAAGAGAUGUGUCCUGAUAUGCCCCAACUGGAAGGCCUGAUGAAAGAAAUCAAUGACCUGGCCGAGUCAGGGGCCCGGUACACGGAGAUGCCCCACGUCAUCGAGGUGAUCUUGCCCAUGCUCUGCAACUAUCUGUCCUACUGGUGGGAGCGGGGGCCUGAGAACCUGCCCCCCAGUGCAGAGCCUUGCUGCACCAGGGUCACCUCUGAACACCUCAGCGUCAUCCUGGGCAACAUUCUGAAAAUCAUCAACAACAAUCUGGGUAUCGACGAGGCCUCCUGGAUGAAGCGCAUUGCAGUGUUUGCCCAGCCAAUUAUCAGCAAAGCCAGGCCUGACCUGCUGAAGAGCCACUUCAUCCCAACUCUGGAGAAGCUGAAGAAAAAGGCUGUCAAGAUUGUGCAGGAGGAAGAGCAGCUGAAAGCUGAUAGCAAAAGUGACACUCAGGAGGCAGAGCUGCUCAUCCUGGACGAGUUUGCAGUCCUCUGCAGAGAUCUCUAUGCCUUCUACCCGAUGCUGAUUCGCUACGUGGACAACAACAGAUCUAACUGGCUCAAAAGCCCUGAUGCUGAUUCUGACCAACUCUUCCGCAUGGUGGCAGAAGUCUUCAUCCUGUGGUGUAAAUCUCAUAACUUCAAGAGGGAAGAGCAAAAUUUUGUGAUUCAGAAUGAAAUUAAUAACUUGGCAUUUUUAACUGGAGACAGCAAGAGCAAGAUGUCAAAACAGCUUCCUCGGAGGGGAAUGGCCAUGCAAGUAAAGUCUGGAGGACAGGACCAAGAACGGAAGAAGACAAAGCGGAGGGGAGACUUGUAUUCCAUCCAGACCUCCCUUAUCGUGGCUGCACUCAAGAAAAUGCUGCCCAUUGGUUUGAAUAUGUGCACUCCAGGCGAUCAGGAGCUGAUCUCCCUCGCAAAAUCACGAUACAGCUAUAGGGACACAGAUGAAGAAGUCAAGGAACAUCUGCGCAAUAACUUGCACUUACAGGAAAAGUCUGAUGACCCAGCUGUAAAGUGGCAGCUGAACCUUUACAAGGAUGUUCUGAAGAGUGAGGAACCUUCCAAUCCAGAAAAGACAGUGGAACGUGUGCAGAGAAUUUCAGCAGCUGUUUUCCACCUAGAGCAGGUGGAACAGCCUUUGAGGUCCAAGAAGGCAGUCUGGCACAAACUGUUGUCGAAGCAACGGAAACGGGCAGUGGUGGCCUGUUUCAGGAUGGCCCCGCUCUACAACCUGCCCAGACACCAAAUUAACAAUUUCUUCCUGAGCACCUUUCAACGGGUUUGGCUGGAAAAGGUUAAUGAAAAAACUCAGUAUGACAGGCUUAUACUCAUUUUAAUGAAAUCUGCCAAGAUGAAAGAAGAGGAGGAAGAGGAGAUGGAAAAGCAACCAGACCCACUUCAUCAGAUCAUUCUCCAUUUUAGUCGCAAUGCCCUCACUGAGAGGAGCAAAUUGGAAGAUGAUCCUUUAUAUACUUCCUAUUCCAGCAUGAUGGCCAAGAGUUGUCAGAGUGGUGAAGAUGAAGAAGAGGAGGAAGACAAAGAAAAAACAUUUGAAGAGAAAGAGAUGGAGAAGCAGAAGACCCUUUAUCAGCAAGCUCGGCUGCAUGAGCGUGGCGCGGCGGAGAUGGUCCUUCAGAUGAUAAGUGCCAGCAAAGGUGAGAUGAGUCCCACGGUGGUUGAGACUCUGAAGCUGGGCAUCGCCAUUCUGAACGGAGGCAACACUGGUGUGCAGCAGAAAAUGCUAGAUUACCUAAAGGAGAAAAAGGAUGCUGGAUUCUUUCAAAGCCUUUCUGGUCUUAUGCAAUCCUGCAGCGUCCUUGAUUUGAAUGCAUUUGAAAGGCAGAAUAAAGCUGAAGGCCUCGGGAUGGUUACUGAAGAAGGAACACUCAUUGUUCGUGAGCGUGGUGAAAAGGUACUCCAGAAUGACGAGUUUACACGAGAUCUCUUUAGAUUCCUACAGUUACUUUGUGAAGGACAUAACAAUGAGUUUCAGAACUUCCUGCGGACUCAGAUGGGCAACACCACCACCGUGAACAUCAUCAUCAGCACCGUGGACUACCUUCUGCGCCUGCAGGAAUCAAUCAGUGAUUUCUACUGGUAUUAUUCAGGGAAGGACAUCAUUGAUGAAUCUGGACAACACAACUUUUCCAAAGCUCUGGCAGUCACCAAGCAGAUUUUCAAUUCCCUCACAGAAUACAUCCAGGGCCCCUGCAUUGGGAACCAGCAGAGCCUGGCUCACAGUAGGCUGUGGGACGCAGUGGUCGGCUUCCUCCAUGUCUUUGCUAACAUGCAGAUGAAACUCUCUCAGGAUUCCAGUCAGAUCGAGCUGCUGAAGGAACUCUUGGAUCUCCUUCAGGACAUGGUGGUGAUGCUUCUGUCCCUCCUGGAAGGGAAUGUGGUAAAUGGAACUAUUGGCAAGCAGAUGGUUGACACACUGGUAGAGUCAUCUACUAAUGUGGAAAUGAUCUUGAAAUUCUUUGACAUGUUCUUGAAACUUAAAGACUUAACGAGCUCAGAUACCUUCAAAGAAUAUGACCCAGAUGGUAAAGGGAUUAUCUCCAAAAAAGAAUUCCAGAAGGCCAUGGAAGGGCAAAAGCAGUACACACAGUCAGAGAUUGACUUUCUCCUUUCGUGUGCAGAAGCUGAUGAGAAUGACAUGUUUAAUUACAUUGAUUUUGUAGACCGAUUCCAUGAGCCAGCCAAGGAUAUAGGGUUUAAUGUGGCAGUGUUAUUGACAAAUCUUUCUGAACAUAUGCCAAAUGAUUCUCGCCUGAAGUGUCUGUUGGACCCAGCAGAAAGUGUGCUAAAUUACUUUGAACCAUACCUAGGACGCAUUGAGAUCAUGGGCGGGGCCAAGAAAAUAGAGCGUGUUUACUUUGAGAUCAGUGAAUCCAGUCGAACUCAAUGGGAGAAGCCCCAAGUGAAGGAAUCUAAGCGACAGUUCAUCUUUGAUGUUGUCAAUGAAGGUGGGGAGCAAGAAAAGAUGGAAUUGUUUGUGAACUUCUGUGAGGAUACCAUCUUUGAAAUGCAGUUAGCAUCUCAGAUCUCUGAAUCUGAUUCAGCUGACAGGCCAGAAGAGGAGGAGGAGGAAGAUGAAGAGUCUUCUUAUAUGUUAGAAAUUGAGGGUGAAGAGGAAGAAGACAAGACUUUUGAGUCUGCCUCUGCAUUUGCCAUUGCCUGUGUCUCAGUAAAGAGAAAUGCUGCCAACCUUCUGAAGAUGGCAACCCUGAAGAACCUCAGGAAGCAGUACAGGAAGGUGAAAAAGAUGACAGCAAAGGAGCUGGCGAAGGUGUUCUUCUCUUUUAUCUGGAUGUUGUUUGUAGGGCUAUUCCAGUUGUUCUUCACCAUAUUAGGAGGAAUCUUUCAGAUCCUCUGGAACACAGUGUUUGGAGGGGGCCUGGUAGAAGGGGCAAAGAACAUCAGAGUGACAGAGAUCCUGGGUGACAUGCCUGACCCGACCCAGUUUGGUAUCCAUGAUGAUGCUAUGGAGCCUGACAGGGCAGAAGUGAUUGAGCCAGGCCUCAACCCUGAACUUGUGCACUUCAUAAAAAGUGAGAAGGGGGACAUGGAACUUAUGUCAGAUCUCUUUGGAUUCCACCCAAAGAAAGAAGGUAGCUUAAAGCAUGGACCAGAAGUGGGUUUGGGUGACCUUUCUGAGAUUAUUGGCAAGGAUGAACCACCUACCUUAGAAAGUACUGUACGGAAGAAGAGAAAAGCACAGGCAGCAGAGAUGAAAGCAGUAUGUGAAGCAGAAGGAAAAGCAGAAUCCGAGAAGGCAGACAUGGAAGAUGGGGAGAAGGAGGACAAAGCCAAAGGAGAGGAGCAAGCCGAGUAUCUGUGGGCAGAAGUGACAAAAAAGAAGAAGCGACGGCGUGGCCAGAGAGUUGAGAAGCCUGAAGCCUUCAUGGCUAAUUUCUUUAAAGGGCUGGAAAUCUAUCAGACCAAGUUAUUGCAUUACCUGGCCAGGAAUUUCUACAACCUGAGGUUCCUUGCUCUGUUUGUAGCCUUCGCUAUCAACUUCAUCCUGCUCUUUUACAAGGUCACUGAAGAGCCUUUAGAAGAAGAGACGGACAUUGCAAACUUGUGGAACUCCUUCAAUGAUGAGGAAGAGGAAGAAGCGAUGGUGUUCUUUGUCCUGCAGGAGAGCACUGGGUACAUGGCACCAACACUGCGGGCCCUGGCCGUUGUCCACACCAUCAUCUCCUUGGUCUGUGUGGUGGGCUAUUACUGCCUGAAGGUCCCUUUGGUGGUAUUCAAAAGAGAAAAAGAAAUUGCCAGGAAGCUGGAGUUUGAUGGUCUGUAUAUUACAGAACAGCCAUCCGAAGAUGACAUCAAGGGACAAUGGGAUCGCUUGGUAAUCAACACACUAUCCUUUCCUAAUAAUUAUUGGGACAAGUUCGUAAAGAGAAAGGUGAUCAACAAGUAUGGAGAUCUCUAUGGAGCGGAACGCAUUGCUGAACUCCUGGGUUUGGACAAAAAUGCCCUUGAUUUUAGCCCAGUAGAAGAGACAAAAGCAGAGGAGGCUUCUCUGGUGUCAUGGCUAAGUUCCAUCGACAUGAAGUACCAUAUCUGGAAGCUGGGGGUGGUUUUUACUGACAAUUCCUUUCUCUACCUUGCCUGGUACACAACCAUGUCAAUCCUGGGCCACUACAACAACUUCUUCUUUGCGGCUCAUCUGCUGGAUAUCGCAAUGGGUUUCAAGACGUUACGGACUAUUCUGUCAUCUGUCACUCACAAUGGCAAACAGUUGGUUCUGACUGUAGGUCUCCUGGCUGUGGUGGUUUAUCUCUAUACCGUGGUGGCUUUCAACUUCUUCCGCAAGUUUUACAACAAAAGUGAAGAUGAUGAUGAGCCCGAUAUGAAGUGUGAUGACAUGAUGACGUGUUACCUUUUCCACAUGUAUGUGGGAGUGAGAGCUGGGGGUGGCAUUGGCGAUGAAAUUGAAGACCCUGCUGGUGAUCCUUAUGAAAUGUACCGCAUUGUCUUUGACAUUACGUUCUUCUUCUUUGUCAUUGUCAUCUUGCUGGCCAUCAUUCAAGGUCUUAUUAUUGAUGCCUUUGGAGAAUUAAGAGACCAGCAGGAACAAGUGCGAGAAGAUAUGGAGACUAAAUGUUUCAUCUGUGGGAUUGGCAAUGACUACUUUGAUACGACCCCUCAUGGUUUUGAAACACAUACAUUACAAGAGCACAACUUAGCCAAUUACUUGUUCUUUCUGAUGUAUUUAAUUAAUAAAGAUGAAACAGAACACACAGGCCAGGAGUCUUAUGUCUGGAAGAUGUAUCAAGAAAGGUGUUGGGAUUUCUUCCCAGCUGGUGACUGCUUCCGUAAACAAUAUGAAGAUCAGCUUGGAUAAAGAAGGUCCACAAUUCUGGAUCAUCAACUUCCAGUGAAAUAAAUUCCUUUUACAGUAUCGCAACAUCUUUGAAAAAUGACAUUCUCUAAAUGCCUCCCUUACAAGAAAGUGCUUGUUAAAAAUUUUGUGACAUUUGAAAUGAUUUGACUUUUUGUGCCUAAUGGGCAUACAUUGUGGGAGAUAGAUAGAUAAAAAAAUAGGAUGGCAAAAAAUUGACAACUGUAUGCUUUCAGGUUUCACAAUUCUAAUGUGACUAGUUUAAUGGGAUGGCAGGUUUGAGGGAAGAGGUAGAGAAAUAUGAAGUCUAGAAUGAAAAUACCUGAAAUUUUAAACACUUGAAUGUCAUGACAGUGUCCUAUUAGUGACUUAAUAGUCUGAACUACAAAAACAUUUUAACUGCAGUCUAAUUUAUCUCAUGGUCCUUGCUAGUGAAUGUAUCCAGAAUCAGCUUGAAAGCUUUAAGCAGUUAAAGAAUUAGGGGAAAAUCAACACUUUGUCGACACUGAAAUAUCGAUUAAGUGCCUUAAAACUUCUUUAGAUUCUAGCUAUGCAAGUUUUUUUGUUUGUUUGUGGUUUAGAUGUACAGACAAUUCCAUUAGUUAGUUGUAUUGAUCUUCUGUCUUAUUUUAUGAAACUGCACUUGAAAGUUAUGCAUAUAUAUUUUUCAAUAACAGCUUGUCAACUGCUGUUAUUAGAAGAAAAGUGCCGUACUGAAAUCUCAAUCUUAUGCCAAAAUUGAGUAAUGCUUUAUGGUACCCUUGUAAGUAGUGAUGAAGCUGCUACAUUUAGGUGAUUCUCCUCAAAUAAAAUGAAGUGCCCAUUGCAAUAAAGUUAUACACAACCAA